ACCUCAACUGUAAGUCUAUGUAACAUAUUCUGGUUCAAAUGAAAUAUGUUAAGAGUAGCAAAAUUGGUGAGAAAUUGAACUACUAGAUCAAGUAAAAUGAAAGACGGAAAAAGUGGAGAUGGAACAAGAGAGGAUCCAAUGAACGUUCCGUUAUUAGAAGAAUAUCUAUCACCGGCGACUACACAGCAACUGAAUCAUCAUGAUGAAAUACGAGAUGAUUUUCCGAGCAGAGUUUGGGUCGAGUCAAAGAAGUUAUGGUCUAUUGCUGGUCCAAGUAUCGUCAUCCGUUUAUCUUCUAAUUCUGUAUUGGUUGUCACCCAAGCUUUUGCUGGCCAUUUGGGUGAGCUUGAGCUUGCCGCAGUUUCCAUUUCGGUUACGGUUGUUAUCGGCUUUACUUUCGGUUUAUUGUUGGGAAUGGCGAGUGCUUUAGAGACAUUAUGCGGUCAAGCUUACGGAGCUAAACGUUACCACAUGUUAGGAAUUUAUUUGCAACGCUCAUGGGUUGUUUUAACUAUGUGUGCAAUUUCGCUUCUACCGAUUUACAUAUUCACUACACCAAUCCUUAAGCUCUUGGGACAACCUGAUGAUCUUGCUGAGCUAACAGGAUUAGUGACAAUCUGGAUGAUUCCAUUUCCUUUUGCCUUGGCUAUACAAUUGCCUUCACAAAGAUUUCUUCAGUGUCAACGCAAAACACCAAUAGCUGCUUGGGUAUGCUUGGGUGCUCUAUCGUUUCAUAUUUUCUUUACCUGGUUAGUCGUUGACAAACUUGGUUUCGGUGUUAUUGGAGCUGCUUGUGUGUCGAGUGUCUCAUGGUGGAUUAUAUCUUUGGGAUCAUUUUGUUACAUUGCUGGUGGUGGUUGCCCUGAAACUUGGACUGGUUUUUCUAUUAAAGCCUUUUCCGGCCUUUGGGAGUUUUUCAAGCUCUCUGUGGCUUCUGGAGUCAUGAUAUGUUUGGAGAAUUGGUAUUACCGAAUACUGGUUUUGAUGACUGGGAACAUGAAAAACGCUACGGUUGCGGUCUCAGCACUUACUAUCUGUAUGAGCAUAAAUGGAUGGGAGUUGAUGAUUCCAAUUGCUUUUUUCGCUGCAACUGGAGUAAGGGUUGCAAACGAGCUUGGAGCAGGGAAUGGAAAAGCUGCAAAAUUUGCUUCCGAAGUUUCAGUUGUUACAUCUCUGAUAAUAGGGAUAUUUUUUUGUACCCUGAUAAUGAUUUUUCAUGAUAAGUUAGCAAUUAUUUUCACCUCGAGUGACGCCGUCCUCCAUGCAGUGGAUAACCUUGCAUUCCUUUUGGCUUGCACCAUUCUCCUCAACAGCAUUCAACCUGUUCUCUCUGGUGUAGCCGUUGGCUCAGGAUGGCAAGCCUGGGUAGCUUUCAUUAAUAUCGGCUGCUAUUAUAUCAUUGGACUUCCAGAAGGAGUUGUCCUUGGAUGGGUUUUCCGUCUUGGUAUUCCAGGUAUAUGGAGUGGGAUGAUUGGUGGUACGGCUAUCCAAACAUUGAUAUUGAUCAUAAUCAUCACUAGAUGUGAUUGGGAUAUGCAGGCUCAAAAGGCAAGCUCCCGGAUGAAUAUGCUGUCAAGUUCAUGUAGCAUACCAUAAAAGCAGCAGUGUUGCUAGUUCGGCCAAAACAUACCACCUAUUUGAAGAGCAUUGUUGAGGUUGAUGGGAGGUAAUUGUGCAGAGAGCUAAGGUCCCCGUGAUUCUAUUCUUUUUUUGUACUAAAUAUUAGGAUCACUUUUCCGCAAUCACUGUAACGUAAUAAGCAGCAACAUCAUUACAUAAAUGAUGAUUUGUGGGUCGUCU